UCGAAGGAGUUUAUUCAAAUAUUCAGACGGGACACCAUUUGGCUUCUCGAACGGUCCCCACAGACGGCGCCAAAAUGAUGGGACAAAGAUGUCACCCGGGCUCCCUCGACUCGAACGGCCACCGUACCUGCAAGAACCCAAAGCCAAGGACCCCGGGAGGGUCUCCGCCGGCCUCCAUCCCUCGAAAAAAAGGACGCCGCUGCAGCCCAUGGUACACGUCACCCCGACGGAAGUCGCGCUGCUGCUCGUCAUCCUCCGAAAAGUCCCAGCCACGCCGCUGUCGUCCGCCACCGUCAAAGGCAUGCCCGUCGCCGUCCAGGUCCCAGUCGCGACGUCGCUGGUCAUCCGCACGGUCGCGACGGUGCUGAUCACCGAGGACCACGCCGGCACGAUCGUCGCCACCGCUAAAACCCUGUUCGUCGCGUCGGCCCCCUCGAGGUUGCUGAUAGUCACCAUCGGGCUAAUCGCGCCGAAACCAUCAAAGGCCUGCACCGUCGCGGCCGAAACCCCAGGCCCGCAGUUACGAUCUCCACCGGCGAUUUCCUGGUCGCCGCGUCGACCGCCCCGACCACCAUGCCCGUUGAAGUCGUCCUUGUUGUCACGGGGUUGCUGCAACUCCGCAAAUGGGUUAACCACGGAGAUGGUGUCCUCGUCGUCGUCCUCGCCGGACGGCGGUUGUGGCGAUCGCCGGCGGGGCGCCCCGCCUGGACCACGACCACCACGACCCCCGCGAAACCCCCCGUGCACACCCCGGUCGCCGGCGUCACGGCUCGUUUGCAAUUCCCGGACCACGUUGUUAAGCGCCAAACGGAUUGUAGCACCUACAGCUCAUCCUGUUACCCCAGGAGUUUCCCCCUAUACGAGGGGACCUUCCCAAGAGAUCCUAGAGCACCAGAGACACAAAACCAGAUCGAUGACUACGCAGCUCUCUGCUAGCCGAGCCCUGACCCUACUAGACACACAGACACAGCCUAACCACGGACAGCUCCAGUUAGGCGUCCCACUGAUGUUUGACAUGUCAGUCACAUCGCUUACAUGGAAUGCCCGUGGUCUGGCUAAUAGGACCACCCUUGCUCAUUUUAGAUCUCCCAUUCGUGAGCAUAACCUUGACUUUGCGGCUUUUUUAGAGCCUAUGACUCGUGACCCUUCUUUUGACGUAUAUUCGCGACGCCUUGGUUUUCAUGCCGGGAUGGGAAACACCUCUAACAAGAUUUGGUUUUUCCACUCACGUGACUUUACUUGUCAGAUCCUUCGAUCUUCUACACUUUG